UGUUUCGGAAGACACGAAAUGCCGAAGAUCUCACCUCAAAAUAAACUAUCUUCCAAAAACUUCUUAUCAUCUCACACACCAACAACGCUGUCUCUCUCUGUUCUUCUCCCUCCCACGCUCUUUCUCUGUGCCUCUCUCCAGAACCAGAAGAAGAAGCUCUGGGGAAACCGCAAGAAGAAAAAGAAAAAAAACCCACUUAUCUAACCAAAACCCACUAAACCAUUAUGACAUGCUUCACACCACACCCUUCACUUCUCUUCCUUCUCACCCUUCUCCUACCUUUAUCGUUCUUCUCUUUCUCCGCCGCCGUUGAAACCUCUGAUUUCCAUUCCUUGCGUUAUCAAGAUGGAGUUGAGGGUGGUGGUUGGGGAGAGUUCCCGAAGGUGCUACCGUGGAAAACGAGGAGAUCGAUGGAUGAAGAUGCUCCGAGCAACACGUCUCUGAUAUUGGCUCAGAGAAGAACUACGAGGAAGGACCCUUCGGACAACUUUAACCGUUACACCGGUGGUUGGAAUAUCAGCAAUCGCCACUACAUUGCUUCGGUUAUUUUCACUGCGGUUCCCUUCUUUGUUGUUGCUGCAGUCUGGUUUGUGAUUUUUGGACUUAGUUUAUCCAUAAUCUGUUUGUGCUACUGCUGUUGUCCAAGAGAGCCUUACGGUUAUUCACGUCUGGCCUAUGCUUUAUCCUUGAUCUUCCUCAUCCUCUUCACCGUUGCAGCAAUAGUUGGAUGUGUCCUUCUUUACACCUCUCAGGUGAAGUUUCACGGGAGCACCAUAAACACUCUGGAAUAUGUGGUGAGUCAGGCAGACUUCACCGCUGAAAACCUCAGGAAUGUGUCAGAUUAUCUUGAUGCAGCUAAGAAGAUUGGAGUUGAUGCCGUUUUUUUGCCUGCUGAUGUUCAGAAGGAGAUUGACGAUAUUAAGACUAAGAUUAAUUCUUCUGCUGUAGAACUUUCCAGCAAGACUAAAGAUAAUUCAGAGACAAUUAGAGAUGUCAUAGAUGCAAUGAGACUGGCUCUGGUUAUUCUUGCUGCUGUUAUGCUCUUUCUUGCAUUUGUUGGAUUCUUAUUAUCAAUAUUUGGUCUGCAAGGUCUUGUGUACUUCUUGAUCCUCAUUGGUUGGAUUCUUGUUGCUGGCACAUUUAUACUUUGUGGUAUAUUUCUCUUUCUUCACAAUGUGGUUGAAGAUACAUGUGUUGCCAUGGANUAUAUAUAUAUAUAUAUAUAUAUAUAUGUGUGUGUGUGUGUCUGUGAAUCACUGAGGCAAAGACACUAA